AUGGCGGUGCCAACCAACCUCAGCUCCCUCCAUCCGUUCUUGAGCAAGAAUGAGACUGCAGUAUCGUCAGGAGGAUCUGUCAUAAGCUACAGCCAUGACCUCGGAUCUGGGCCGAUUCUUGUCAUGGUCCACGGCUGGCCACAGACAAGUUACAUGUGGCGUCACACUGCCCCCUUGCUCAAGAGCUCCAUCAGCAUGUUCAUCGUUGAGCUUCCAGGCUACGGGAUAUCCUCACAACCUGCGGCAGCUGAUAAGAGGACGGUGGGUCGCCUCAUUGUCGACGCCGUUCAUCGAGUUUUUGACGCACAACGACCUUUGAUCUGGUGUGGACAUGAUCGAGGAGGCAGGGUAGGCCACCGGCUGGUUGUUGACAACGACCCUGCACACAACAUCGUGUCCGCCAUUGUCAUGGACAUUGUCCCCACAUUGGAACAGUGGCGGGCUCUCACUAAAUCUCGUUUGGCCAUUCCUUACUAUCAUUGGCCAUUCCUCGCCAAUGAAGCCGCACCGUCUUUGAUCGAGCAGAUGGGCGCACGCAACUAUUUGCUUCACAGUAUUGAGCGAAUGAAAACUAUCAAUCCAAUAGGAGCCGCGCGAUUCGACGAGAACGAUUCCAUCGAACACUAUGCGCAAAAUUUCAGCUUGAUGAGCACGGUCAAAGGGUCUUGCGCCGACUAUCACGCAGGAGCCACUGUCGACGUCGAUGAACAGGAAGAUGACAUGAGAGAAGGCCGCAGGAUCAAAGUACCACUGCUAGUGAUCUAUUCUGCACGGAAUCUGGGUAGCUCACACGACGUUCUAGGACUGUGGGAAAAGUGGAGUGACUGUGAGGUGCGUGCCAUUGGGGUGAAGGAUGACAUUGGUCACUUUUUGCCCGAAGAGGCACCAGAAGAGACUGUGGGACAUAUCAGACAAUGGAUUGAAGAGUACCCUGGAUGA